AUGGCAUCCCAUAAAAUAUCUGAUGAAACAACGAAAGAGAGUGCUUUCUUAACACACUCAAACUUGUUACAGCCAAUACCCACUAAGCGCCAUAUGGAAGAAAUUCCUGUUUUUUAUCCUACAGAAGAGGAGUUCAAUAAUCCUCUUCAUUUCAUAGCAAGUGACAAAGUUCAACAAAAAGGUAACAAAUAUGGUAUGAUUAAAAUCGUACCUCCAAAAUCCUUCAACCCAAAGUUAAAUAUCGAUAAAAAAAGUUUUAAAUUCGAUGUACGCCUUCAAAACUUAUUUGAAUUGGAUUUAUUAAAUCGGUCUAGGUUAAUGUUUGCAAAGCAGCUGGAUAUUUAUCAUCGAUCUCUUCCACAUCAGCCUGACACCAAGAUUAGUAUAGACAGCAAGGUCAUAAUUAAAGAAUCUAAGAAAACUAUAUAUCUAUAUAAUCUUUAUGUCAGCUUAAUUAAGUUGAAUAACCUACAUUUGAGAACUCAUCCUUCGGAUUUGGACCCCAAUAAAAGUUUAAAAUUGUUUGAUCCCAAAUUGCUUCGCAAGAGCAAUCCAGAAAGUAAAAUAAUUUGGGAAGAACUGUCCCAACAAUUUAAUUGUAAGCCUACUGAGCUGUACAAUGUCUACUUGGAUCAUUUAUCCUCUUUUUAUAAUCAUAUUUAUGGAUUAACAAAUGGGAUUCUUAACAAGGAUUGCUUGGUAUUUGAUGAAUAUCCAAAAUCAUUAUUAAGUGACUCCGAAGACUCAGAAGGAGAAGCAUCAGAGGAUUCUAGUGACGAAAAUACUAAUCCUUGUUUGGUAUGCUUAAAGAAUAAUAAACCCUCUAGGCUUUUAUUGUGCGAUUUUUGCAAUAAGCCUUACCAUACUUUUUGUUUAAGUCCACCUAUUGAAAUUAUUCCAAAAGGAGAAUGGUUUUGUAAUAAUUGUAUUAUUGGUAAUGGGUUUUAUGGAUUUAAACAUGAAAAGAGCCAAGUCUCUUUACAAGAUUUUCAAGCUGAAGCAUUACAAUUUCAAAAACAGUACAAUCCAAAAGAUUUAAAUCAAUUGGAAAAGGAGUUUUGGGAUUUGAUUAGUGCUUCUCCAAACGAUUUAAAAUCUCAAAAAGAUAUUACACAGUUUAUUACCAAAUACGGAGCAGAUAUUCAUGAUGAAAAUGUUCUAACUGGUUUUCCUACGCUAGAUCAUGUUCCAUCUAACUUAAGUAGUGCAGAAUAUAAAUCUUUCUUAAGAUAUUGUACUCAUCCCAUGAAUUUGAAAAACUUACCAUUUGCAGAUGGAUCACUCUUAUCGUUGACGAAAUCAAUUCAAUCUACUCAAAAUGAUAAAGAUGUAUACUCUAAUAUUUCAGGAGUCACGAUUCCAUGGUUGUAUGCAGGAUCGUUAUUUUCUACUUUUUGUUGGCAUCUUGAAGAUCAAUACACUUUAAGUAUAAACUAUCAACAUGAAGGAGCUCCAAAAAUUUGGUAUAGUAUUCCUGAUUAUGAAUGUGAUAAAUUUAAAAAACUUUUAUUUAAUUUAACUCCAGACUAUUUUAUUAAACAACCGGACUUGUUAAGCCAACUUAUUACUCAAAUUUCACCUUAUUCGGACAUUUUUAAAGAUUCGGGAAUUAAAUGUUUUAAAGCAAUACAGCAUCCUAAUGAAUAUAUUAUCACGUUACCAAAAUGUUUUCAUGCUGGUUUUAAUUCAGGAUUUAAUAUCAAUGAGGCUGUAAAUUUUACUUUGCCCACUUGGUUACCUUAUGGGUUUCAAUCCAUAAAAGAUUAUAAGUUAAUUAAAAAGGAUUGUAUUCUUGAUAUUAUUGGUUUUUUAAUUGACGUAUUAUCGAAUUUUGAUAGUCUUUCAAAUCAAAAAUUAGAUAUUGACGAAUCAUUCAUUAAAAAUUGUUUCAACUACUUCUUAAAGUAUUAUAAUCUAGAAAAAUCUAGAAUCAGCAAAUUACCCUUUUCGUUAUUAAACAAGCAAUAUUUACUUGUAAGUUCACCUCCAACCUCUGCUACAAAAGAAUCUAAAAAUAAUGAAUCCAAUUCGAACAAAUGCCUUCAUUCACGUCCAAAUCAAGAAAUUAUUAAUGAGAUAUUGUGUAAAGAAUGUAAAACAAUAUGUUCGUUAGCAUUCAUUGCACACUCAAAAAGUGAUCAAACGAUUAAAAGAAGAAAAAUCACUACUAAUAGAUUUUUAACCUCUUCAAGAAAUUUUGAAAUAUAUUGUUUAGAAGACUAUAUCAAAAAAUUUAUUCAACAUACUAUUGGUCUAGGUGAUCAAAUACAGCACCCUAUAUCAACUAACAAGAAAAGAAAUCCGAUAGAAAUUCCAGAAAUUAGUACGCAUAGAGAUGAUUUGAUAUUAGUUCGAGAUUGGGACAAAUUAAACAGUUUAAUUUCAGAUAUUUCUUCAUCUGUGAGAUCUAUUUAA